AGAGAAUGGUGCGGAAGAGAUUGCUGCUGCUGUUGAAGCCAUCUUAUGAUCUAUCGCUUCACACCGCCUCCACCGCCGCCGCCACCACCGCCUCCUCCUCCAACCGCGACAAGAGAGGAGAAGAAGCUAAGCUCAAUCGGCUCAGUUGAGAUGCCAGCUGGAGGGCCACGUCAGUUCAAACAGAAGUGUGAGAGAAGGAAAGUUGAGGGGUCUAAAUGCAAAUGAGAGAGAAGGAAAACAGAUUGAGUAUAAAUGCAGAGACUCUCUUCUCUGAUAGGGGUCAUGAAAAUUGUGUGUUGUGUGCGCUGAGCGCUUGGGCUAGGAUCGUAGAUCCGAUGCAUUUACCUUGGUUACUUCUUCUAUCUUGUUUAUCGUUAUCAAUUCCUAUUGUAUCGUCAUUUCUUAUCGGUUGAUUAUCACUUCAAUAUCAUUCAAUUUCUGCAUUUUGUCUUUGUAAAUUGCUGUUUUGGUGUGCUCUUUGGUUGUGGUGUGAAGUGUGGGAGAAGUGUUGCAUUUCCAGCUGAGAUUGAGCUGAAAUCGCAUCAAGUGGUAUCCAGAGCUGUUCAUCCUCGGACAUAACGGCGAAGCGAGCUACGGAGGUGAAAUUGUAGGGCGAUGGAGGCUGAGAGGAGAAUUGGGGAAAGGUUGAUCGAGGAGGCUGAGAGGCGAAUUGGGGAAAGGUUGUUUGAGUUGGUCCAACGGCAGGAGAAGAUCGAUGCUCGAUGUGACAAGAUGUUGAAGGCAGUCACGGCUAUUAAAGAUCGAUUACAGGGGAGCGGUGGGGCAACUGCCAUGGUAGAUGUCGAAUCCAGCCAUGAAUCACUUGUGGAAGAAGAUGAUCCGAUUGUUCAGUUGCGGAGUCUGAAGCAGGUAUCACAUGUUCGAAGUUAUAUCGAAGCAUUUGCUACAUUAAACUCUAAGGCUGGUAUACAAGAGGAUCAAGCAUUGAGUUUAUUUGUGUCGGGGUUAGUAGAUGAAAUACGGGUACCGGUUUGUUUGUUUAAACCAAAAACAUUAGAUGAGGCUUAUGCCCUAUCUAAGCUUCAAGAGCUAACAUUAACUGGUGUAUUUUGGUGUGACCGUGAGGAGAGUAAUCUUCGGAGAAAUGAGAAAUUGGAUGUGAACUCUAAGGUCGAAGGACUUAAGUAUGAGUUUGAUGAGUUCAGUGAGUUUGCAGAUAUAAUGGAGACUGAUAAGGAAGCUUCUGAAGGGGUUUCAAGUGGUUCGGAUGAGGGUGGUGAUGGCCUUGUCGAUUUUGGCAAUUCUUUGAAUUUUUUCUUGCAUGACGUGAAGGCUGGGAAGAGGCUCAAUCAUGACAAGAUGAAGGAAACUGAAUUAGGGCCGCAUGUUACUGAUUUUUCAGAGUAUAACACUUUUUCUGAAGAAAAUAAACUCAAGGAAGUGGAAUUUGUGCCAAGUGUUCGACAAAUUGCCACAGUGAGGGAUAUUGCUGUCACUUUGAAUGUGGUGAGUAAUUUGACGAGGCGGCCUGUUCGCUUCCCUAAACCCUUGGUGAAGAUGAAGUUCACGGCUCAAUAUGAUGAAGAGAUGGGUGGUAAGGGAAAUGUGCAAUGGGCAUCGGCUAUGACAGGGGAGAACCGAAUUCAUGUGCUUGUAUUGAAGGAGUUAGGUUGGUUAUUUAAUGGAGAUUAUGAUGCAUUUGGAGUUAAUAAAAUCUGUGAAGAGGAGAGUGAAGAGUUGAAAGAGAUGAGGCAUGGUGAAACAGAAUCUGGAAAGACAUAUGGAAAGAAAAGAAUGAGAAGGGGGUUCGUUGUUACAGGGGACAGGAAUAGGGAGGAGAAGGCUGCCACAUCGCAGCUUACGGAGUGGGUUACAGUGCCACUGGUUGGUAGGGUGAAAGUCGAUCUGCUUUGUGACAUUGGUUGGUUGGUGCGGAAAUGGUUCAUUAAGCCUAAGGUGAAGAUGAAAAUGAAGGAGGUGGAGCUAGGAAAUCUAAUUGCUACCUCUACACUAGAGUUUGGAGAAGGGAUGAAGACGGGACCAUGGCUUCAGAGCUCCCUUAUUCUUACCUUCCAUUUAGGAGGCUCAUAUUUCGCUCUAUUCUUGCCGACAAUGACUUGUUUCCUUCCUUCCUUGAGGACAAGGAAGCUUAACGGGGGGGAGUAUUGAUACGAUCACAAUUGCAUGGCUUAUGAGGGAAGAUGAAGCUUACGAAGUUUGUUGUCAGAGCUUGGCCAAAGAGGUGGAGACGGGUGAAUCUACAUUGAGACUGACACAGAAUUGCUUGCUGAUAAUAGCAUUUGAUGUAUUGGUGAGAGUGUUGAGGUGGAUACGAGAGAGAUCAGUGAAUUGUUUGUUGGAGGCUUCUGUUAGGGGCAAGAGACAUAUAAGAUCAGAGACGGAGGCAGCUGGGGAGGGAGAAAGAGUCUUGUGCUUGAAGAGGUUGUCGGUUGUGCAAAGUCAUUACCUUGGGAGUGGCUGUUCGCUUGGUCCCCUAGGCCAAUGGCAAGAAGGUCAAGAGGCUUGUCUUCGUGAUUCCUUGCGGACAAGGAAUCUUAAGGGGGAUGGAUUGUUACGGUCUCAAUUUAUAGAGAGGAGAAGAAGCUAAGCUCAAUCGGCUCAAUUGAGAUGCCAGCUGGAGGGCCACGUCAGUUCAAACAGAAGUGUGAGAGAAGGAAAGUUGAGGGGUCUAAAUGCAAAUGAGAGAGAAGGAAAACAGAUUGAGUAUAAAUGCAGAGACUCUCUUCUCUGAUAGGGGUCAUGAAAAUUGUGUGUUGUGUGCGCUGAGCGCUUGGGCUAGGAUCGUAGAUCCGAUGCAUUUACCUUGGUUACUUCUUCUAUCUUGUUUAUCGUUAUCAAUUCCUAUUGUAUCGUCAUUUCUUAUCGGUUGAUUAUCACUUCAAUAUCAUUCAAUUUCUGCA